AUUUUCUUUCGCUCUCUGUGCGGAGGAUUAAAAUCCAUUAUUUGGAACAAACGCAAUCUUAGCAGUGAAGUGGAGCUCUCAAGUCGAGAUCGCAGGCAUGGCGGCAAUGGAUGAAGCAAAAUGUAAAAGUAAUUCUGUCGUGGCUGAUCUUGUCGACUUCUUGAACGCUUCACCAACUGCUUUCCAUGCCGUUGAGGAGGCAAAGAAGCGUCUCCGAAGCGUCGGAUAUGAACAAGUAUCUGAAAGAGAGAGCUGGAAAUUAGAAGCUGGAAAGAAGUACUUCUUCACCAGAAAUCAUUCGACUAUAGUUGCUUUCGCGAUCGGUGAAAAAUAUGUUGCUGGGAAUGGAUUUCACAUUGUUGGUGCUCAUACUGAUAGCCCUUGUUUAAAACUGAAGCCUGUGUCCAAGGUAACAAAGGGUGGAUAUCUGGAAGUUGGCGUCCAAACAUAUGGGGGUGGGUUGUGGCACACAUGGUUUGACCGUGACUUAACAGUUGCAGGAAGGGUGAUUAUAAAGGAAAAAAGAAGUGAUUCUGUUUCAUACAUUCACCGACUUGUUCGAAUUGAGGAGCCCAUAAUGAGAGUCCCCACACUAGCAAUUCACUUGGACAGGGGCACGGAUGGAUUUAAGGUGAACACGCAGAAUCAUCUUCUCCCAAUUCUGGCAACAAGUAUUAAGGGGGAAUUGAAUAAAGUUGUUGCCAAGAACGAUGCACAACAUGAUGGAGAGAAAACAGAUCCAAAGUCAGUUCCUAAUAACUCAAAGCAUCACUCACUUCUAUUACAGCUACUUGCCGAGCAACUUCACUGUGAAGCAGAUGACAUAAGCGAUUUUGAAUUGCAAGCAUGUGACACGCAACCCAGUGUGAUUGGUGGUGCCAAGAAGGAAUUCAUUUUCUCUGGACGGCUUGAUAAUUUAUGCAUGUCAUUUUGUUCUUUGAAGGCACUGAUUGACAGUACAUCUUCGCAAAUUAGCCUAGAGAAUGAGCCUGGUGUUAGAAUGGUGGCCUUAUUCGACCAUGAGGAGGUUGGAUCUGAUUCAGCCCAGGGAGCUGGGUCUCCUGCAAUGCUUAAUGCUUUAUCACGAAUUACAAACUCCUUCAGUUCAGACUCAUCGCUGAUUGAGAAAGCUAUCCAAAGAAGUUUCCUGGUAUCAGCUGACAUGGCGCAUGCAUUACACCCUAAUUAUAUGGACAAGCAUGAAGAAAAUCAUCAGCCCAAGUUGCAUGGAGGGUUGGUCAUCAAGAACAAUGCAAAUCAACGAUAUGCAACUAAUGCAGUCACUUCGUUCAUAUUCCGGGAGUUGGCUGUGAAUCAUAACCUUCCUGUUCAGGAUUUUGUGGUCCGCAACGACAUGUCUUGUGGUUCAACCAUCGGCCCCAUUCUUGCAAGUGGCAUAGGUAUACGAACAGUAGAUGUUGGAGCACCACAGCUAUCAAUGCACAGUAUUCGGGAAAUGUGUGCUACAGAUGAUGUCAAUUACUCUUAUGAACAUUUUAAGGCUUACUACGAAGAGUACUCUAGUCUUGACGAGAAGCUCACAGUCGAUAUGUAGAACGUAUUCCUCAUCUUCUCAGGAAGUUUCUAAUAAACCGACUGUAGGGUACAUGCCACCGAGUUGUUAGCACAAGGUACUUUUGUAUACCAAGACUAUGGUUAUAUUCUGCUCGCACUUUCUACUAUCAUUAGUCCAACGAGUUAUAUGUGCAACAUGAAACAUCAAUAAUAUUGUAUAAGAUUUCUCCAGGAACAUUUUUGUUACCAAAUAAUUGUAGAAGGCUCUAUCUGAUGACGCUAUUUGACAUGUUUAUUGUUUUUACUUUCA